GAGGAUGUGAGUUGUACAUGUCAUUCGCGGUUGCUUAUCCUCAUAAACUUUACGUCUAAAUGCGCUGGACACUGCUUUUUGUGCCUCUGUGUUGGUGUACCCUUGAAACUACGCCAGCUUACGAAGACAAUGUGAUGGGCAUCGGCUCAUCAGCAGAUGACGAAGGAUACGGAAUAGCAUCAGAAAUUCUCAGAGAGUCUCUCAACUUUUCGGUAAAUCCAUGCGAGGAUUUCUAUGAAUUCACUUGUGGCAAAUGGAUAGCUAGCCAUCCGAUUCCCGAAGACAAAACCAGCUACAGUCACUUUGUGAUACUCAACGAUAAAGUGCAGAAGAAAAUGAGAGAUUUACUUGAAUCAAACGACGUGAAUGAAUCAAAAGCUGUCAGUGCUCUGAAAGCCUUCUACAAAAAGUGUAUGGACAAGAAUGAACUGAACCAUAUCGGUGCUAAGCGAUUGAUAGAGAACAUCGAGAGUUUCGGUGUUUGGCCGGCUUUAGAAGGAGACGAUUCGUGGAAAGAAGCAAAUUACAAUCUGACGUCGCUGCUAAUUCACGUGUAUCGAAGCCGUAGAGUUCUUGCCUUCAUAAAA